AUAACCCUAACUACUGCUAAUUAUUUAGUUAAUUUGACAACUUGAAGAAAUACAUAAAAAAAUAAUCAACUAUCUUUGUAUUACUUUAUAGCAACAACAGACUGCAGGCUCUUUGUUUUUCAAUUUACUAUGUAGUGAUUUUGUAACUAUGAUCGAUUCUGUGUUUUUAAAGGGAUGACAUUUAAUAUAGACCAUAAACACUGAUCAGACAGCAAGUAAUGUGUGUGAUUUACAAACAAAACAUAGACUUACAUAUGGAAAUCAAGCUGAGAAAAUGUAAUGUCAUCAUUAAAUUUUACUGUUUACAACAAUAUGUAGACAUAUAUUUUGUAUAAUCCUUAUAGUGCAAUGUACCAAUAUAUGGUAUUAAUGAUGAUGACAGGUCUGUUUGUUACUGUUUGCAGGUUUUGUAUAGAGCAACCAAUGGACAACCUGACUUUCACAAACAGCAUUCUCCUCGUGGAGGGACUGAAAGUUACACCUCAGUCUUCCUAUCCUAUUUUCAUCCUGCUUCUCUUGGUUUAUGUAUUUGCAAUGGGAUGUAACAUUGGACUUAUAAUCCUCAUCUCAACUGAGAAGAAACUACGUCAUCCUAUGCAUUUUCUGUUCUGUAAUCUGCCAGUGAAUGAUAUACUAGGGACCACUGUCAUGUUGCCACCCUUGCUGCGGGACAUUUUAAGGGAAGCCUCAGAGCGCUACAUGACAUAUGUGGAGUGUGUUGUUCAAGCAUAUUUUGUACACACAUUUGCAGCAGCAAGCCACUAUGUGCUGAUGAUUAUGGCCUUUGACAGAUAUGUAGCUAUAUGCAAUCCAUUGCAAUACUCAGCUAUAAUGACCAAUAAUAUGGUAGUUAAACUAUCAGUAUCAGCCUGGGGGCUGUCAAUAUUCUUUGUGUCUAUUAUGUUAGGUCUGACUAUACGUCUGUCUCGAUGCAGAUCUAAAAUCGAAAACCCUUUCUGUGACAAUGCCUCACUGUUUAAACUGUCCUGUGAAAAUGUGGUCAUUAAUAAUGUGUUUGGAAUAAUUUGUACUGUGACUAUCUUUAUCAUCUCACUUGGGUUUGUGUUUAUAACAUAUACCAAGAUUGCUACUGUAUGCAUAACCAGUAAAAACAAAGCACUCAACAGCAAAGCCAUAAAAACAUGUAGCACUCAUAUAGCUGUUUAUAUAAUCAUGUUUGUUUCUUGUGCCAUUAUGGUUUUGCUCCAUCGCUUUCCAGAAUACUCUGAAAGCAGGAAACUAGCUGGUAUAAUGUUUCAUAUAGUACCACCAGGACUAAAUCCUAUAGUAUAUGGUUUACAAACCAAAGAAAUAAGACAAAAGUUUGUAAAACGUUGGUACAGAAAUAAAGUUAAUCUAAAAUAAAUUAUAAAGGAAUAAAAUCCAUUAUAAAAUGUAAUUUUCUCUGCAUGAAAAUAAGAAUAUCAAUAAUAUUAUAUAAGUGCUACUGUGAAAACGAUUUUGCCCAUACUUUUUUCCCAGAAAAUAAUUAUGAUCAAUGAUUCUGAACACUUUUACAACUUUUAUAAUGUUUUUUUUUUUUAAUAACUUUUAUUUAGCCUGGUUUAAAUAUGAUGCAGAAAGACACAUUAUAUGUGAACGAUUUUUGUUGUUGAUGAAACAUGUUCUGUUAAAAUUAGUUAUUGUCUGCUUCUGUUUUCAGUAACGCAGUAUACGGUUUAUCAUUGAUGAAACCUGCUUCGUCCUUGUGCUUAGCCCACAGUUUUGGAUUUACUCGUUUCAGUGACGCUAUCUCUUCUCCUCACUCUCAGCUUCACUCAGCAUGUAAUCAGCAGGAUGAGGGUGUGGCUCAGUGGAGAAACAUCAUUUUCAGUAAACACAAUUUCCAGUCCCAUUUUAUGCAAAAUAUCUCUUCCAAGCAAAUUUAGAGGUGAUUUGGGAAUGAUAGUAAAUUUGUGCAUAAAGUGUUGACCAUCAAAAAAUCAGAUCAAGUAGUUUGAACUAAUGAUUGUUUAUGAUUAUGCAUGAUGUGAAUUUUAGUGCCAACUCUACAAAAACAUCAAAUUUUUGUGUUCGAUUUGGAAUAGUUUUCAGCAGCACUCUGCAUAUAGGAGAGCAUGAAAAUCACAAAAAUCACUAAUUUCCCUUGACAGAGUAUCUUUUGUAUCAUAUUCAGUUUAUACAGUAAAGAGUAUACAGUUCUGUUUUAUAUUUGAUGACUUAUUAUUUCUUACUUGAAUAGACUAGACAUAUAUGAAAAAAU